AUGGGUCAUUCAUAUGCAAGCUCGUAUGGUGGCCACUUAUCUCUUUGGUUCCCCGCCAAGCAGCAACAGCUUUCUCGGCCAAACGGUGUUGCCGCUAAGCUCGACUCAAAAUCUGAGUACAAUCGCCAUGCAAAGUAUUUAUCGGAAUCUGGUUAUCAAGAAAAGGAUCUGUGUUCGCCUAUGUCAAUUGGACAGUCUAAUUUUGAAGCUGCCCCUUGUGUAAAAAACAGCUUUCAUGAGCAAAAUGUCUUGUUUCAAUCAGGUUUCCUCGAAACUUGUAAGAAGAAAGCAGAUCUGCCAUAUGGUGGCACAGAUUACCUUGGCCAUCAAGUUCAAGUGGAGCAUCAUAAUCAGUCACUGGAUUCUGCAUCUUACCCUUUUGGUGAAUCGUAUUUCGGAAAAAUAGCGACUGUGUACGACCCAAAUCCUGUUGUUUAUCCUCAAGUGAUGGGAAUUGCAUCCGCAAGAGCUGUGCUUCCUCUCGAAUGUACAGAAAGCAUGGUUCCAAUUUACGUCAAUGCAAAACAGUACCACGCCAUCCUCAGGCGCCGAAAAAUCCGAGCAAGACUCGAGGCUCAGAAUAAGAUCACGAAAUCUAGAAAGCCCUACCUACACGAGUCGCGUCAUCUCCACGCUCUCAAGAGAGCCCGUGGCUCCGGCGGCCGUUUCCUCAACACGAAAAGCGAGGAGAAAUCGAAACCCCCGGCGCAAGCAUCCUGCAAGAAGCCCGGCCAUCUCGGUCCCCAGCAGCACUCAGAGAACAACAGCAGCUGGGGGGCCUCCACCCCCUCUGGCUCGUCCGACGUCUCGUGCAUCUUCAAUAAUAGCGACGACAUUUUCCCGCCGCCCGACCUGGGAAUUUCGAUCGACUCUCUGACGGGGCCUGCCGAGAGAUACAUGCGGAUCGGGACCCGUGCCUGA